AUGUUUGCCAAGGGCCAGCUUUCAAUCUCAGGUCUUUCAAAGGUCCUUUUGCCCUCUCCAGAGCCUCUUAAUUAUGUCACAGUGCCAUGGUGCAAGCAUUUCAUCAAGAGUUGGGGUUGGAGCUUGUUGUCUGCUUCCUCAGAGCAGGCAAGUUUACCUUUCAAUCACCCAGACAUGAAAAUGUACCGGGAGCACUACCAAGAUUUGUUGAAAGAUGGCGUACACCCGUACAUGGUACUAAAUUUUGAUCAGCUGUGGAGAUGUGCUUUCAGUUGGGAUGGCAAGAUGCAGUGGAAAGAAAGAGGUUCCAUAGGAAAGCGAGGAAGGAAGAGACGCGCACCGCGUCAACUUGACAAGAAGAGGCAUGCGGUACGCGGUGCUCGCAAGAGCAUAACGGCCUUAACCUCGUCCUGGAGCGAUGGAUCAAGAGGGCCGGUAUGCUUUUGCAUUCCAGAAUCGGCUCUGAGCAGUGAACAGAUUCGGCAGUGGAAUAGCCAACACGUGGAAGCUGUCACCGGAGAUUCGUGGAGCUGUCAUAUGCGACGCGUGGACGGGCUCUUUCGCACAGUCCAAAGGAGAUGGGACCAGGAGGCUGGUCAGGCCAUGGCCAGCCGGUCGACCAAUUACAUGCCCAGACAAGUGGAGAUCCUGGCCCCCAACUGGAUCAGCAUCGUGGAGCUCAGUUUCGAAGGUUGGUGUCAACUUGAUCGGAAAAUUUUCCAAAGUGCUUGGAUAGCAUGUGGAUACAUGGAAUGGAAAGACAUGCCCCAUGGGACUCAAGAUCCUCCUAUCACCAUGGAGGAUGCAAGGCAAGUCCUCGAUGUGUUUGGAAAACUGGGCACCGGAACCCCUCAAUGGUGCACAGUCUAUGAGUGGCAAAUCCAGGACAGAUUGGAAAUAAUUUGGAAAGCCUUGCCCUACGAAGCCGCAGGGGCGGUGGUGCGAUCCUUGAUGCAACACUGCCACACGCUUGGGAAUCUCAGUUCUUCCCUUGCAAAGGCUCUUGAAGAGGACCCAGCAGUAGAGAAGCAAUCCAGCAAAAGUCUGUCCCAAAAACUGAGAGCGUUAGAGGAUGUUGAAAGGUAUAUUGUGUUCAACCCCAGAACCGGUCAAAUGGCCACCGCGGCAUGGAUUGAAAAGCACAUUCUGGUGCAGCAUGGUGUUCCAACAUUCAAGAAAGCGUCAAAACAAAACCAAACUCCCAAAAUCCUGACACUUGGAAUCAAGAUCAAGGACAAGUCAGUGAAGUUGACCCUCGAUCUAGGUUUUGAUGAGAAGAACCCGAGGCCUGUGAGGUGUUUACAUUUGGCCUCACGUAAAGCUCAGAGCGACCUAACUGAGCUUGAGCAAGGUUAUGGUCACAUGGGGCAACCUUGGGACGAAGAUGACCAAGACUUGGAUGAAGUCGACUUCCCAGAUGACAGCAGUGACAAUAGGAAGGAUGAGAAUGAUUUCGAGGACGAAAUCCCCGAUGAUGCUGCUGGUAUUGAAGGCCAUCGACUUCAUACACAUUUCCUUCCCCUCAUACCCUAA